AUGGCAGAGUCACAGGCCGAAAUGCAUCGUCCCAUUAAGAAGAGGAAAACUAAUGCGAGUAGAAAUGCAGAAGAUGUUGAUACCGGUGCGUCUGGUUCGAUGACUAUGCUGACAGAAACUAAUUCCGUUGGAUCUAGUUUGUCUCCGACAGAAACUAACAACAAUGCAUCUAGUUCUUUGAUGGUGUUUGGAAACUGCUACGAGGUGUUCUUGAGCUUCAGAGGUCCAGAUACUCGACAUGGCUUCACCGAUCACCUCUAUCAUGGGCUCCUUGAUGCCGGAAUUGAUGCCUUUAGAGACAAUGACAAGCUCCGCGAAGGCAAGAACAUCAUACCAGAGCUUUUGGCAGCCAUUAGGAACAGUAAUAUCUUGAUCCCCAUUCUCUCUAUGACUUAUGGUACAAGCAGUUGGUGCCUGGAUGAACUAGUUCAGAUAAUGGAGUGCAAGAAUAAUAAUGGGCACAUAGUGUUGCCUAUAUUCUACAAAGUGAAACCAGCUGACGUCGGACAUCAAAGGGGGAAAUUUGGAGACGCAUUUCAUGAACAUGAGAGGCGUUUGCGUGAGAGGUCUUCUUUCGACCCAAGGAUUCUAGGAAAAUGGAAGAAAGCACUCCAUGACAUCAGCACCUUGAAAGGAUACGAAGCCGAUGGGUAUGAAGGAAAGUUGGUGAAGUUGAUUGUCCGAAAAGUGUUGAACGAAUUGAAGAAAAAGUUUGAGUUGGUCAUCUCUGAGAAUUUGGUUGGAAUUGAUGGUCAUGUGAAGAAGGUUAUGGAGUUUGUGGAUAAUAAAUCUAAUGACACCCUAUAUGUUGGCAUCCAUGGAAUGGGAGGCAUUGGUAAGACUACGCUUGCUAAAGCCAUCUUCAACAAGUUCUCUAAUCAAUUUGAGCAUCGUAGCUUCAUUGCUGAUAUAAGGGAAUCAUGGAAGCGUAAUGACGCACAUUAUUUACAGAAUCAGUUAAUCAAUGAUAUAUUGAAGCAAGAAAAUGUAGUUUGUGAUAAGGAUGAAGGGACUAAGUUCAUCUCCUCUAGGUUUAAAGGUAAAAAGGUCCUCGUUCUUCUUGAUGAUGUGGAUAAUGUUGUUCAAUUGAAGUGUUUGGCUGGUAAUCAUGAUUGGUUUUCUUCGGGAAGUAGGAUCAUUAUUACUAGUAGAAACAAGAGGAUUCUUGAGCAAGCUGAGGUGGAUUACAACUAUGAACAUAAAGAAAUGGAUAAAAAUCAAUCUUUGAUUUUGUUUAGCAAACAUGCAUUUCGAAGGGACUCUCCUCCUAGGGAAUUUGAGGACCUCACUCUUGAAGUUGUAUCCAUUGCCAGAGGGCUUCCCUUAUCCCUUGAGGUUCAUGAGCUUGUUGUGACCACUAUUUGGGUCAAUAAGGGCCUACCUCAGAGGGUACCUCAUCGAUUCAGGGCGUGGUUUCACCAUGGGCUCAAUGGGUAUAGGGAAGGUCCCCUUCAAGGUUUUGAUAUCCCCGCUGUUGUGGUCAACGCUGCUCCAGGUAAGGGUGCAGCUAACCCUCUUGAUAGGGUUGUGGAGGACCUGAAGCCCCCGGAGCCUAUGGAGGUGGAGUUCGAAGGAUCGAUGAAUGUGUUCGACUAG